AUGCUGUCAAUCCUAGAUAACUCGCUCCGCCUGGCCAACUUUGUGUUUUUGACCAUCGUUUUGGGUCUCACCGCGUCUCUUGCGGCGACCCGCGACAGCACCAACCCGCAGGUGAACUUCGCGAUCUUCACCGCGGCGUUCGGCCUGCUCUUCGACACGUUCUACGCGAUCCCAGCCAACUUCUUGGCUGCGCUGGCCUGGCCCAUUUUGAUCGCGGUGUUGGACUUCUUGAACUUUGUGUUCACGUUUGCCGCUGCCACCGCGCUUGCCGUGGCCAUCAGAACGCACUCGUGCACCAACCAGAGCUACUUGGACAGCAACAGCGUGGCCCAGGGCUCCACGGACCGCUGUCGCAAGGCGCAGGCCUCCGUGGCGUUUCUGUACUUUGCGUUUUUUGUGUUCCUAGCCAAGCUAGUGUUCUCGCUCGCUAACGUGUUCUCUGCUGGUGCUUUCGGCUCCACCACUCGCAGAGCCAACGUCGGCGUCCCAACCAUCUCGCAGGUUUAA